AUGCUGAAUAGAUCCAACUUACUACAAAGACGAGCAUUUCAUUGCAGUCUCAGAGUCUAUGAAGAAUGGACCAAAGCUGGCCUUCGUCGCAUGAAGAAAAACGAUCUCAUCCAAUUAGCCAAAGCAAACCAUCUGAAUAUAUCCGGGACAAAGAAUGAUAUAAUUAUUCAAUUGUUGAGCCAUCAAACCGCCAAAAUCGUAGGUAGCACAACACCUACAUUGCAUAGCAUUCGUAAAGUCGUCGGCAAGUCAGAUGAAACGGCUGCUGCUCCUCUUCAAGAUACGGUGGAUGCAGACAAUGAGUGGAUGAAAGCAUUUGAAAUGAAGGUAGCUCAAAGAGGCAGUAGAAAGCCUAUGAGUGAGUCAAGGGAGCAUUUUACAGGUGGCCCCAAUACCAGCAAGCCACAUCCAUUCAACGAUGCAAUCAAAUCAACCAUUGUGAAGCCUAUAGCUGAGCAGGUCAAGUCGACAACACCACCAUCCACAACUGUAGCUUCGAUCAUUGAGAUGCUGAAAGAGACCAAAUCCAGGACAUCAUCAUCAUCAUCAUCAUCAUCACACCAACAACAACAACAACACACCAAGACAGCAAGCGAGUCAGUAGAGGAACUAGAGGGCAUGGACCCUGCGUGGGUGGAAGCAUUUGAUAUGAAGGUGGGAUCCAGAGGAGCUAGACACCGUUUGACAGACACAUUAUCACCCUCCACACCAACAUUAACAGCCCCUGUGGACGAACUGCCAUUCAUCGAGCUGGAUUCUUUUAAAAAGGAACAUCAUUUCUCUAAUCCCAAUGCGGAUAAACAGGAGCCUACAUCUUCCAGCAACGGCAACACUACUGCAGACCAGCCAAAGGGUAUCUGGAUCAACGCACUUGUCGGUACCGGCAUGCUGGCAUGGUACUUUGGCGGUGAAGAGGGCAUCUCGAAUGUCUGGCAUUUCUUGACAUCUUCCUCUUGA